AUGCCUCUGCUCGGCAGCUACGUCGCGACCAUGCUAGUCCUCCUCCUCCACCUCAGCGCCGCACCGACGGCCACCGUCCACGCCGCGAUCGGCACGUUCGUCUACGCCGGGUGCUCGCCGACCAAGUACGAGCGCAACACCGCCUUCGAGAGCAACCUCAACUCCCUCCUCACCUCCAUCUCCUCCACCGCGUCCUCCGGCGCCACGUACAACAGCUUCACCGCCGGCGACGGCGGCGCCUCCACCGCCUCCACAGCGUACGGCCUCUACCAGUGCCGCGGUGACCUGAGCCCCAGCGACUGCGCGGCGUGCGUGCAGGAAACUGCAGAGCGGCUCGGCUCGGUGUGCGCCAACUCGUACGCCGCGUCGCUGCAGGCCGACGGCUGCUACGUUCGGUACGGCGCCACCGACUUCGUCGGCCGCGCCGACAACACCGUCGCGUACCGCAAGUGCAGCUCCGGCGCCAGCGAGGACGCCGGGUUCCUCAAGAGCCGCGACGGCGUGCUCAGGCAGCUGCAGGCGCAGGCGGCGACGGGGUACAAGCUGGUCGCGUCCGGCACGGUGGAGGGGGUGGCGCAGUGCAUCGGCGACAUCAAGGCGCCCGACUGCGCCGCCUGCCUCGCGGAGGCGGUGGUGCAGCUCAAGAGCGCGUGCGGCUCCGCGCUGGCCGCCGACGUGUACCUUGAGCAGUGCUACGUCAAGUACUGGGCGAACGGCCACGAUUUCCGUUCUUCCCAAGAUUAUUCUGGGGACGAGUUUGGGAAGACCGUGGCAAUAAUAGUCGGUGUCUUGGCUGGCCUGGCACUCCUCGUCGUGCUCAUCUCCUUCCUCACGAAAGCAUGCUAGAAUAGAGACGAGCGAGAGGACUUUGGUG